AUGUUACGCCGCCGCCUACUCCAGGAUCCCGGGUUGCCUGUGUCGAAUCCGACCCAAUCCUACUGGCAAACUCCACCCAACAGCGACGUUUCGAACAAACAAUCCUCCGUUCUCCCUGAAAAGCGGGAUGUAGUUGUUCUUGGGUCUGGUAUCACGGGCCUCAGUGUCUCGUGGUGGCUCACGCAACAUUCCGCAACGACGUCCAUCAGCGUUUUAGAUGCUAGGGAAAUCUGCUCUGGGGCCACGGGUCGCAACGGGGGCCGUAUCAAUUGCACGGCAAUCCAAGACUAUGACAAGUACCGUCGCAUAUAUGGCGACGAGCAUGCAGCACAGAUUGUGCGAUUUGAGCUCGCCCACUUCGACGCUAUUCAUGAUUUUGCCAGAGAUGCUGGCUUGGACAUCUUGGAAUGCUCUGAGGUGAGACGCGUUGACGCGGUAUCUGCCGUGUUUAACGAAAAACAGCUUCUCGAAAUCCGACACAUGCUUGAGAACUUUGAGGAUGCUUUCCCGGAUCUUAGGGGAAAAUGGAAGAUUGUAGGCAAGACUGAAGUGGUCGAUAAAUACAAAAUCUCCAAUGCAAAGGGGGCCCUCGUUGGUCCAGCUGGAGCUGCUUGGCCGUAUCGCAUGGUGACGAGUGUCUUUGCGCAGUUACAGUCCCAGCGAUCUAAUCGAUUCUCCCUCGAAGCCAAUACACCAGCUCUUGCCAUCACUCGUACCUCUAGCAGUGACUAUCCAUACUUGGUCGCAACUCCACGUGGUGCCAUCAGGACGAAGCAUGUCGUUCACUGCACUGAAGGCCACUCUGCUCACCUGCUGCCACGUCUGCGCGGCAUUCUUGUGCCCAGAAGGGGUCAGAUCACAGUCCAGAACCCGGCCAGCGGAUUCUCUCAGCGAAGCAAUUCGUCUUGGAGCUUUCUCAUUGAUGAUAUUUUGGACUAUGCCACCCAAAACCCCAAGACUGGCCAUAUCAUCAUUGGAGGUGGUGAAACAAGUGGCAAGGCAGAGGUGCUUGGGAUCCCAUCAGACGCUGAAGAGGACGUGCUUGCUCUCAGUCAUCUUGGGGGCAUUCUCCCAGCGGCAUUUGGGGUGAAAAACUGGGGUAAUGAGCUAGACGGUAAGAGGCGAAUCGCCUAUUCAUGGACUGGUAUCCUUUGCAACUCCUUGGACAAAGUUCCACUGGUAGGCAUGCUUACUGAGGGACUUCUUGAUCGACAAGCAGGAACUCAAGCAUCUGCUGAAUGGAUAUCAGGUGGUUAUGGUGGUUAUGGAAUGGUAAAUGCUUUUCUGUGCGGCAAGGCUCUUGCUCAAAUGAUUUCGGGUGUGGACGUCAUCUCCCUUCUACCGGAACCAUACUACAUCACACCAGAAAGGAUCGGGCAGCUUCAAAAGGCCUUCAAGAGGAUUCUUGACUCGGAGAAAGAGCAUAUCAAAGCACUAUUGUAG